AUGAUAGGCCCGUGGAAAUUGGCCCGUAGUAUCUGGCGCCUGUUCUUGGCGAUCUUCGGGGCUUGGCUGCUUCUCGCCCUGCUGUGGGCGCUUCUUCCCUUCCCUUCCGGUGAACGAGACAAUGAUAAUGGCGCCGAUUAUGCAACCAAGGUCCUCCUCAGCGGCAAGACACUGUGUCGAGUAUACAGGCAAGGGACUUCCGUAAAGGUAACCGAUGGUUCCCGAAUAGGUUUUGCGCUUGACUAUGAGCUCGAUAUCUCCAACCUCACCCUUGCAAUCUCGGGACUGGAACAGCCUCUACACGUAUUCCGCCAUACACUGGCUGAGGACAACGGACGCACGGAGGACGUAGAAGUGAUUGCGCGAGCGGGUGAUACGGAUGGCGCGAACUUGCCAUGGUUCCCACAGGCAGAUGCAAUUUUGCUCUUCUGGCAGAUUCACCGAGAGUAUGCGAGUGUUCCGCUCACAAUCCAACGGUCUGCAGAGGAAGCAGGAGAUGUGCAAAAGUUCGAUAUAUUGUUUAAUAAGCAAGGACACGGAGACGAUGUACUUUUGUCUCUGAAGAUGUGGGGGAACGACACCUCGACCAUCAGAGCCAGCGUCCCAUUACGGCCGCAUUCUUCAUCGCCAUCCUACACGUAUCCUAUCCGCGCCGUGGUCAUCCAGGCACUUGCACCGCUCUCGAUUUUGAUCAACGUUGUCUUCGGAUCCCUCGCAGGGCUUUUCAGCACUCUUAUGUCCUGGAUACUUACGGCUAUAUGCGUUAUAGUCCUGGCGUCAGGUGUAGUGGCAACCGGCAUGUACUGCUUAGGGAAACGUCCCUUUGAGUUCGUUGAUAUUGUUGGAGAUGAAAUACAGAAGCUGAGAAAUUCUGAGCUGAUGAGAAAAUGGAGAGGUCCAGAGAGUGGUGAAGGGGGAUCAGCGGGUAACACCCAGGAGCAGAAGAAAUCUUCCACUGAAACAGAGGUUAACAACGUUUGA